CAAUCACGUCGCUCACUGGGCUGGAGGUGGUCUGAUCAUCACCCUCUCUGCCAUAACAAACUAGGGUUUUGUUUGGGUUUACCACCCGUCUGAACUCUGAAGAAAAAUGGCGUCAAGCUCCGCUAGACGAUUUCUUCAGAGAUCGAGUUCGACGACUCGGGCCUACCUGAGUCGCAACCAGCGGCCACCAACUUCGCCAUCUGUGGUUUCAGCCCCAUCUAGCCUCGCUGGGGUCGCGUCCUCACAGUCCACUCCUGCUGCUCGCUUCUCUCGCCUUAAAUAUCCCUCGUGUUCUUCCAGGCUUCCUGUGGAGUUGGCUAGUACAGUGUCGAUGAUGCCUCUGCACUCUGCUACCGCUUCUGCUUUGCUUAAUUCUAUGUUAUCUUCAAAGGUCGGCAGCUGGGGUUGGCUCUCUGAAGGAUUUGCCACUCCACUAUAGCAGGGCCUGUAAGUUCUUCAAUAUAUCCAGAGACAUUGACAAGAUGAUCUUUCAAGAAAUCAUUUAUUUGCCUUUUCUCUCAUCUCAAAAUAAUUUAUUUAGGACCUUGCUGAAACCAUACUUUUCUACUGUGUUUUCAAGGAUUGUUUUGUACUAUUUAUCUGACUAGAAUGGUUCAUCUUGCUUGGCAAAGAGAAUUCAUAGGCUGAUAAUUUCUGUUUGGAGCAACAUUCCCUUUCUAAAUUCCAAACUGUUCUCUUAAUAUCUGCA